GAACCCGCCGUCAGGAUGGUGGACCUGGGCGGGUAUGUCAUCAUUCUGGUGGAGACGAAGGACAAGAAGAUCAAGCUCUAUGGUUCGCCGGCAGACAAAGCAGACCUCGAAGUCGGCGAUGAGAUUCUGGAGGUCAACGGGAAGAGCUUAGAGGACGCCACCCACACAGAGGUCAUCUCCCACAUACACCAGUGCAUUAGAUCAAGAACAAUAUGUCUCCGCGUGAAGAGAAGAACAGGCAACAAAUUAGCUGUGGACUUGGCCGCGAGUUCGAACGUGCAGGAUGCGUUCGUCAUCGCCGUGGAGCAGCAAGCCCGGGAGCGGCUCGAGCGGCUCUCAGCUCUCAAGAAGAUCAAGCCGGUGGACAUGACCAAGCUCUCCUCGCAGUUGGAGCCCCACAAGAGUUUGGUGAGCGUCAACAGCAGCGGAGGGCAGCCGAGCCCCGGCGGCCGCUCCACGGGCGUCCCCGUCGCCAAGGAACAGCAGCAGCAGCAGCAGCCGCGAGACGACGUCAACGGCGUCCUAGACAACUCCCCGAUCUACGUGACCAGCGUCCCCAACCUCACCUCCGACCUCCCCCGUGACAGGUCGCGCUCCAGGUCAUCCACGCCCAACCGCACCUCCCCCAGCCCCCGGCGCCACCACUCCACGCGGAGCUCCCGGGACACGCCGCCCUCGCCCCUCACGCCCAGCCCGCGGCGGGAGGCGCCCACGCUAAAGGACAAGGGCGUGGACAGCUCGAGUGCGGAGCGCAGCUCUCGGCGCUCCAGCAGGAGGAAGAGCCCGUCGCGCCUUGCGAACGGCCACCACGGAGCCGAGGGCGAGGCGGACGCAAACAAGAGCGGCGACGAGCUCGAGCUCACGCACGACCUCAACGACACGCUCGACGACACAGAGGACCUCGACCAGGACCCGCCCGAGGCCCUGCUCGACCGCACCGACUCCGAGGACAAGGUUGACCUCGAGGGCACGUGCCUGAGCGAGAGCGGAGACUCCCUGCCAGGCACCCCGGAGAAGACCUACGGCAUCGUCCGGUCCGAGUCCAAGCGGUCUCGCAGCAGCCGGCGUGACCGCGGCGCCCAGAGGGAGGUGCUGCUGGACCACGACCCCCAGCAGGAGGUGCGCGCCAAGACGCCGCUGCACGCCGUCAGCAGCAUCGAAAGUCGCGACAGCACAAGUUCUCGCAAGUCGGGGGGCAGCAGCGGGAGCGGGGAGGUCGGCCGCGGGACACCGAGGCACAAGGCGACCGGCGGAAGCACCCCGAGGCACUCCAGGAAGAACAGAGACUCCUCGCGCGACUCCACCCUUAUUUCUGCCCCGGAGAUCGGUUACGACAAUAUGAUCAGCAUGGUAGAGUUUGAUCCAGGUCACCGGGAGAUGGCAGUGGAUGUGCCCGACUCCUUCGUAGCUCGAACCAAAACCCCACCAAGGUAUCCACCCCCAAAACCUCAGGGCCAAACCAUCACCCCAAUCCACAACAACAACAACAACAGCAGCAAGAGCAGCAAGAAGGGAGGGUCGUCGGGUAGUGCCACGCCCCAGAAUGGAACCUUGCCCAAGCCAGCACCCCAGCCGUCAAUCCCCCCGCAGCCCCACUCACCUCCCCACGUCCCUCCACCCCAGGAAGGGUUGAUGCAAAUGCCUUCUACGCAAGAGGAGAUGAGGAUGAGGAAAUACGAGGAGGAGUUAAAGCUUCGAAGGGAACGUGAGGAGCAGGAGGCCAUGCUGAGGUCGUCAUUACGUUCUUCCCAGAAGCUUCAGCAGCUUGCUUCACAUCCUGUACCUACUGGUGUUGUAAAUGAGGCAUUUUCAGUGGAAGAGUCACAGUCAGGACUGGAGCAACAGGCCAGUGCUGACACACCUAGUAAAGUUAUAGGUAUAAAUGAGCUUAUUCAGUCACUCCAAAGGAUUCAGACAGUGCUCAAGUCUAAUGGACACAGGAUUAGUGAAGACAUGACCCUAGUGGCUCAACUAUUGACAAAUCCAGAGUUCCAAAAGGUGCUGGCUGUUCACAAUAAGGUGCAAGAAACAUGGUGUUUGAACAGACCCCCAACACCAGUCACAGAUAAUGCUCAGGCACUAUUAGCUGAGAGUCUUCAGGAACUACAAGAAUACUCUGUACCUGAGGCAGCAGAACUAAUUGACAUACUCAACAAAUACUCGAUGGAAGGGCUCUUAUAUGCUCACGACAGAAUUGCCGAGAGAGAGCCUUUACCUGUCGGGAAUCUGCCAGAGGAGGAAGUCCUGGACAGAGUUUCUCACUACCCAGAGGACAGCGUUAAGAUUGUUCGCAUCGACAAAACUAAUGAGCCUUUGGGAGCAACUAUUCGAAAUGAAGGCGACUCAGUAAUAAUUGGUCGAAUUGUAAAAGGUGGUGCUGCUGAAAAAUCUGGUCUCCUUCAUGAAGGGGACGAAAUAUUGGAAGUCAAUGGUGUUGAAGUUAGGGGCAAGUCUGUGAAUGAUGUCUGUGACAUGCUGGCUGGUAUGACAGGCACUUUAACGUUUAUCAUCAUCCCAAGUGGAACCCAGCAACAGCAGCCUCCCCCAACACGACCCCCUAUUACCCAGACCAUACAUGUCAAGGCACACUUUGACUAUGACCCAGAGGAAGACCUUUAUAUACCCUGCAGGGAGCUGGGCAUGAGUUUCCAGAAGGGAGAUAUUUUACACAUUAUCUCUCAAACUGACCCCAACUGGUGGCAGGCUUAUAGAGAUGGAGAAGAGGACCAAACCCUGGCAGGACUUGUUCCUUCUAAAUCUUUCCAACAACACCGUGAAGCCAUGAGACAGACGGUCGUUGGAGACAAUAACAACAAGGAGAAGCCCAAGAAAGGGAAGCUACUAUGUGCCAAAAAGCAUCAGAAGAAAAAGAAGAAAAAAAUGCUCUAUCCAAAUUAUAAUGAAGAUUUUGAUUCUGAAGAAAUCCUUACUUACGAAGAAGUGGCUCUUUACUAUCCACGAGCCAACAGAAAACGGCCCAUUGUCCUCAUUGGACCUCCCAACAUUGGUCGGCAUGAACUCAGGCAAAAGCUCAUGGAGGACAGAGAUAGAUUCGCUGCUGCCAUUCCACACACAUCUCGCACACGAAGAGAAACUGAGCUGGAUGGUCAGGACUAUCACUUCAUAUCUAGAGCGCAGUUUGAGGCAGACAUUCUCUCUCGCAAGUUCGUUGAGCACGGAGAAUACGAAAAAGCCUAUUAUGGGACCAGCAUAAUGGCUAUCAGAGCUGUGGUGAACUCAGGGAAGAUUUGUGUGCUGAAUCUUCACCCACUGUCACUCAAGAUCCUCAAGAGUUCUGACCUCAAGCCUUUUGUGGUGUUUGUUGCUCCUCCUUCCUUAGAGAAGCUCAGGCAGAAGAAGCAGAAGUUGGGAGAGCCAGUCAAAGAUGAGGAGCUCAAAGAAACAAUAGAGAAAGCCAGGGAAAUGGAAGAGCAGUAUGGUCACUACUUUGACCUGAUCAUCAUAAACCAGGAUGUGGACCGUGCCUACCAUCAGCUGCUACAUGAGAUUAACAUGUUGGAAAGGGAGCCACAAUGGGUUCCAGCAGCAUGGCUUGCACAUGACCAGUGAUAGGUACUGUAGUGCUUCUAUGGUGCCAAAUUUUUACCUGUGCGCUUCCCUCUAGCCAAAGGCAGAAUUCUCCUCAGUGCUGCUGCUCUCAAGAUACGUUCCUUGUGUGGAAGUCUCACUUGAAGGGCAGCUGAGUUUUUACAAUCAAUGAUGUGAUGGCUUGAUGCUACAAUCCAUUGUCUGGUGAACACUAGGUGCAUGAAAUCAGUUGACUGUGUUAAGGUUGUGUUUUGAAAAUGGAUUAUCACAUGGAGUCCAACAGAAGGAAUUGAAAGAAAAAUACAGAGCAGAUAACUGCUUUGAUAAAUGAUUGGACAAUAUAUUAACAUUGUAAAUUGACUUUCAUUCUAAUACCUCCCCUGCCCUGUGUGGACAUUUAACUUAGGUAAUAAAUCUAGACCAUGGCUCCAUUUACAAAAGGUGGGAAGUUUAAGCCCAUUGUAACGGGAUAAAAUCAGGCAGACAAAUGAUGGAAGACAAACCAGACAAAAACUGUGGUGUAAAAAGUAUUAAGCAAUCCACCUUUUGUUGAGGUGGCUCAAGUGUGUGUGAUACUAGGCAGAAUCUAGAAACACGUUAUUACCCUGUAAAGAAAACCCUCAAUCCUUCUUGAGAGUUUAAUCUCUUUUUGUUAUUUACAUUUUCUAUUUCUUUUAUUUUCCUGUACAUAAAAUUCUUUUACAUUAUGUUUGAAAAUUUAUAUACAAUAUAUCUAUAUCAUGUUUAUCAAACCUGCAGAUUUUUUUUUUUUUUUUCUCUUUUUUUUUUCUCUUUUUUUUUCCUUUUUUUUUUUUGAUAAGUGUCCCUACUUUUCAAAUUUAAAACAUAAUAUAAAGGCUCAUUUCACCCUCAUGUUUAAAGUGUUUUAAUGUCAUACAGAUAACUUUCUAUUGACUUCAUAUUAAAUGUGAGAUUAAAGAAAGUAUUUUAUCAAUUUUCAAGAUAGCUGGAAGCAUUUGCUCAGUUACUAUAAAAGUUUUUAUUGGCAAUGUGCAAUAAGAUGAGACUUUUAAAAAAAAAUUAUUCUGAUCAAUUAGCAUGUACUUCAGAUAGUUUCCUUUGAUCCCUUAAAUGUUUGUAAUGUACAUAGAGGUGCCAUAUUACAUCAAAGUUGUGCUUGUAAAUCAAACCUGUGACUCCUGAUCUGUUUGCAGUGUUAAGCAGCAAUAAUAAUAAUACCUACAUACAUCCAAAAAAAGUGUGUUGCAAAAGUCUUCACUAUUAUUUCCGUAAGGCUUUAGGAUUUAGCUCUGCCGUUCACAGAGACAAAUAAUCUGAGUGUCUUAUUAUUCAGAAUGAAUAUUGUUUACCAUAUAUUCAUCCCUGAGAAGCCUAUACAGUGAAGUCUCUCAAAAGCACAAGUAUGUGAGAAGUCAAGUUUGUGAUGCUGACAAUAUUGCAAAUACACACAUGAAACUGUAACUUCAGUAUUCCAGUGGUGUUUCCCCAAUUUGUGUAAUUCCUGUAUAUACUGUUAUGAUCUUCCUAUGUUCACUUUGUUGUAAGUAGAAGCAUAUAUGCCUCAUUAUAAUGAACCAUUAAAUGAUUAUGAUUCCUAAAAAUAAAUGUGUAUACCAGC